UUCCACAAUUAGUUGACUUGCUCAAGAAAUUAUUGUCUGAUUAAGAACUAAUUCAAUUAUUAAGAAUCUUAAUAAUCGAAUCGAAAUAGAAACUCUCAAAUAAUAAUAAUAAUUGGCAUUAGUCACUCUAACGUAUCGAGAAUCAAGAUAAACUCCCUCUUGCCCCGCCAUCGAUUCUGCGAACGAAUCGUGCUUCCGCUGACGGGAGUUGGUCUUGCGAGUGUAGGACUCGUGUGUGUAUGUGUGAUGACGAUGAGGAUCGCGCCGCGGGGACCAUCGAGGUGACUCGCGGUGGCGACGACUCUUGGGGGACCGAGCGGUACCAAGGUUCGCAGGAUGCUGCGGACGAGAAGGUUGAGAGGAAGAAGAUCUCGCAGUGCAGAAUCGCUCGCAGUCCUCGAAUCGGCCACGACCGACUGGUAGGACCGAUGACGGGGCAUGACGAUCUAACGGCGCGCGUCGCCAGGACGCUCACGUCGCGCUCGCGGCCCCUACUGACGACCCUGACGACGCUGCUCGUCGCGCUGUCCUGCUGCUGCGCUCGCGCCAGUGAAUUCCCCGAGCGGGAAUGCUGCGACCUACCCUACCCGAUUCCGGAGCCCACCGGCAGGUCCACGUCCGCACCGACGCCAACCGGAAGAAGCGGAUCCGGCAUCAAGGUGCCAAUGGCCAUUCUGAAUUGUCUCUAUGCCCGCCAAUUGUGCUACGAGGAUCCGUCAUGCAGCGCCAUAUUGGAGAUUAUACCGAGAGUCUGCGGUCCAGAAUUAG